AUGAGACAUUCAUGUUUGUGGAGCACUGUUGCAGUCACUGCUAUCCUGUUACUGAAUAUUCUGCGCCCUGAACCUGUGUCUUCUGCAGCGUCUUCUCAGGGAAUUGGUAAAGAUUUUUGCAAUAUUUUAUUAGUAGAAUUGCACUUUUUUUGCAUAUCAGCAGCCAUGGUUCAUCAGUAAUUUCUCUGGUACGGAACACUGUUUGGACAUAAAAACAAACCUCAAAUAGUGAAACUAAUGUAAUAUCCUGUUCUUAAAAGGUAUCAUAAACUGUCGGUAUAUCGUAAUAUGCGUUGAAAACAUAUACAGAAAAAACAGAAAUAAAAGGAAAGUCAGUCGGAUGAUUGAGAACCUGUUAGACUAAAACUGAGAUAAAAUUUUGUACAAACGUAACCAGCUGCCACCGCAAAUCUUUUGCAGUUUCUUAUGGUCAUAAAAAUACAAAAAAUAAAAAGCAAUUUAAAUUAAUAGUUUGUAAGAGUACGAGCAAUAUAUGAUCAUUACCAUAUGUAUUUCGUGAUUUAAUUAUACAUAAUAUUUAGUUUCACAUUGAAAAAGAAGUAAGGCCCAGUUCAAACGUCGAUCUUUUCAUGUACCAAACCUGAUCCCUUCAUUUAAGUACAUCAGUGAAAAGAUCGACGUUUGAGUUAAGUUCGAGAUUUCUAAUUUGGGCCAACCCAUGAAUUAAGAUCGACUGGCCCACAUGGAAAUUUCGACUGUCAGGGGGAGCGACUUUGUUUCAAACGUCAAACUUCUAAUGUGCCAAACCUAAUGCAUAAAACACUAAAAUUUAUUUUUUUAGACCAUAGAACAUCGUUAAAAUGAAUAGACUUCAACUUAUUGAGUUCGACGUCAAACUUAUAUCAUUUGGGUCGACCUAUAGAGGUAUAAAAGUCGUGUACAUGAAAAGAUCGACGUUUGAACUGAGCCUGAGAAGGAGGCAGUGAACACAGCGAUAUUAAUUUAAAUGACAAGCCAUUUGUCUCUUAUGAAAAAACGAUUUCAAGAACCUUUAUAGUUCAGCAGACGACCUAUAUCAAAAAUGCUUCUGGAGCUGAGUUUAAAAAAGUGUCAGUUCUUAAACUUGUAUCAUGUGGAACAUGUUAGAGCCUCUUAGAGAUUAAAGCGACGAUAGCUACCAUUUUAAUCAAGUUUGACAAUCUUAGUCCGGCGUGCAAUGACGGCAAAGAAACCUCUGUUGCAUGUUCAGAGUUUUUUUUUUUCCUUAUUUUCUCCUUCCCGUCGUCGUUAUGGUUGUGCUGAGCGUUACAAUGCAAAAGAGUUUUCAUAUCAGACGAUUGCACCUGAAAACCGACUAUUUGAUGGAAAACGGGCGAAGAAAAUCGAUUCCGCAGGUACCCCUACAGAGACACAUGUCAUGUGGUCAGCAGUCUAUAGCCACCAUAAUGAUUUUAUCUCAGCUCCUUCAAACAUCUUGUUUAUUGACAACACUUUCUUGCGAUGCCGAAGUGAGCUGAAGUUGAGGAACAUUUGAGCUAAUUUCGUCGUACCCAGAUCUCCCAGGGCUAAGGGAAAGGGACGUAAGACCUGGGUACCAGGUUACAUUUGAGCACUUUGAAAAGUUUAAUAGAAAAAAAAAUAUAUUUUUAUUCCCUAGUAUCAACUCCAAAAUAUAAAGUUAACGAAGUUGGGAGAAGCGAGGUGCAUGGCCAUGCUUGCGGAAGAGAAAUUACUGCGUGGUGGAAUGAAGUGUGUUCUCCAAACUCAAGAAAGCGUCGUAAGUUUACAACUGUUUUCUGGCAUUACUCAAAUUUCACUAAUAGAGCGGUUUUCAUUUGAGUGUCGAAAAGUAAUUGGUUUUGCACUUUCUACACGAUGCGAUUGGCUUAAAAGAUUCGCGCCACCUUUUCAUCCAAUCAGAAGUAAAACCAAAGCCAAUUGUGACGCGCUCGCAUGCAUUUUCCCGCGCUUUGAGUCAGCCACAUGUAAUUACUUCGAGUUUUGAUUGGUUCAAUGUAUUGUCUGUGUCCUAUGUGAUUGGCCAGAGUAAUUACUUUGGUUUUGGUUUUACGACACUCAAACGAAAACCACUCUAAAGGCUCAGGAAAUCAUUAGAAUUUCGUCAAAACGCGCGUGAAAUUAGUCUCUUACUUCACUCGUCAUCAUUUGGUUACACAUACUAACAUUUAUUAUCUUUACAAUUUCCUAAAACCGUCAGAGAAAAAGAAAAGAAAAGAAAUUACUAAAUACGCAGGGGUACUGAAGUUAUGAUAACAUUUUUUUUGCUUUCAUAUCACUUAGCUUAAGAAACUCAUACAGCAAGAUAUUCUGCACUUUCGUGUCUCGCGAGAUACGUGAUUAGCAAGAUACGUGAUCAAGAGAUUUUACCAUGCGAAAUGCCGGAAAUACUGUUAUGAAGUACCAAUACCCAGUAAAAAAGUGAACUUCGUUUUCUUGAAUGUAAAACCAAAUCUUUUCAUUUUGAUUUAGCGCAUUAUGCCGACAUUUUUCUCGUGUCUCUUUCGACCUUUCAUCAUUGGCUAACGGGGAUUAGCAACCCUAAUGGGGGCCCUUUGAGUAGUCACGCAAUAUGAGUUUUAAACCGACGAUUGUAUUUCCCUUAUUAUUGGGAUACCAAGCGCAAACCUCUUGCCUCUUACAGGUGCUCAUAACAAGUUAUUUGUCGAUGAAUGGCCACGUUCCGCUAUCAAAUUCAAAGACAAUCUGAUCGUUUAACCUCUCCUUUAAAUAUUUCUUUCAGGGUCCAUGUUCUUGGAUGAAAAAGAAGCUUUAAGUUUUUUGCAACAACAAAUACAGCGUCACCGAAGAAGCACAGGGCAGACAGAUAUCGUGGAAGAAUGCUGCCAUGAAGGCUGUGCUCUCGAAGAAGUGGCAGAAUACUGUUAA